AUGUAUCGCUGGCUAGGGCGGAUCAAGUUGGCAAGAUGCCACCACCCACUCGUUUAUAGCCACUAUUCGUACCCAUUGCGACGCCAAUUCCACGCCAGUCUUCCUGCAAGAGUCAUAAAUCCAUUAUUACCGUUUGACAUUCUUGAGGACGUGCAAAAUGAUGAUUUGGAGGAAGCAAAUAAGAAGCUAAAGAAGGAGAAAAAGAAGCUUAUCAAACAGAAGAGGCAUGUGGAGAAAGAUUUGGAAGACGACGAGGAGAAUGGAAACAAACUGAAUGGCAAAAAGUCCAAGUCUGAUGAUAAGAAAUCAAAUGACAAGAAGUCAGAUGAGUCAGAUGAGAAAGAACCAGGCAGAAACUAUGAAAGCGACAAAAAGAAUGCUGACAAGGAGUACAAGACGGUCAAUGAUACGGUUCCGCUCAACAUGGCAGUAAGCAAAAAGGUAUCACAAAUAGCUGUUGAGAAGGACAAGGCUUCGGACUCCAGCAACGAGAGCAACGAGGUAAAGAAAGAGACGAAAGAUUCCAGCGAGAAAUCAGAGGGACCUGAAAAAGCAGGAGAUGCUGAACGGCCACAAACUGAUGGUUCUAGCCCGCCUGGAGGGAAUGGAAACGGGAAUGGAAAUGGUCCACCAGAAGAUGAGUCCCGAGAAGAGAAGAAGGAGAGAAAGCGAAAAGAAAAGGAAGAAGAGGAGGAAUUAGAAGAAGAAGUGGAAGACGAGACCGAGUCGCCGAAACAUAGGUUCCGCAAUAUGAUGCGAAGUUUUGGCAAGUUUUGUCUCAAGUGCAUUGAGACCAUUGGAAUCACAUUCAGUUCUCUAGCAAUUCUUGGGGUGGCUGGAAUCAUGUACCACAGAAUGUACAAUGUACAUGUAUUGGAUAAAAUCGAUCGGGCAUUUGAUGAUGGAGAUCCUGCCUAUCAGUUAUCAAUGCACAAACUCACAGCCAAGAAAGCAGAGGGCAAAGAAGAUCCAAACCUUAUGAAAUACUGGGUUGAAAGACCACAACAAAAGUUACUAGACGAUAUUAUUAGAGGUGAUAUUGUUGGACGAUAUUUUUUGGUUAUCGGAGAGAAAGGUACGGGAAAAACGUCGUUAUUACUCGAAGCGAUGAAGAAGGUUGACGGGUACAAUGUUGCCAUGUUUGAUGCACAUGCCGAUCCAGAAAUCUUUCGAAUUCGGCUAGGCAAGGCACUUAACUUUGCCUAUGCUGAAGAUUACAUUGGCUCUCUUUUUAGCAUCAGAGGACCUCGAGACACUACGGCUUUGUUGGAUAUUGAGCGAGCUUUUGGCAAAUUGGAAGAGGUGGCAUUGCGGCGAGCUUCACGGAAGGAGGGACGUCCUUUGAUUCUCAUUAUCAACAAUGCCCAUUUGGUGAAGGAGAAUGAAGAGGGCAUUAAACUCGUUGAGUUGUUACAACAAAAAGCAGAAAGUUUGAGCGGAUCGGGUCUUGUGACCAUGAUCUUCAAUCUGGACGACUAUUGGGUCUAUGAAAAGCUCAAGAAGCUAGGCACAAGGUUGGAGCUCAUUAAUGUCAGAGAUUUGAGCCGACAAGAAACCGUCAAGGCGCUCCAUUAUAGUCGAGAAACCCAUUUCCCCAGCAACAAAUUCCCGCAUCUUAAACUCAACGACGAGCUUAACAAUCAGAUCUACGAUCUUAUAGGAGGUAGACCCCAGCAUGUGUCGCAAGUGGCUCGUCACGAGGAUAUACUUCGUGCUUGCCAUGAAAUUAUCGACCGAGAAAAAACAUGGUUCUUGAAUCAAUGUGGCUUGUUAGGUCAAGAAAUGGACGAUGAUGUCAUGGAGAGUGGAAAGUUUAGCACCAGUGCAAUGAUGUUAAUGCGGGAGUUUGUAGAGAUGGAUAGGCGGAGGUUGAACUCGCUUUUAGCCAAAGAUAUCCCAGAUCCCAAAGACGAAAAAAAGGACCAUCAGCUACCAGAGCUUCCACUUUGGCGAGCCAGACAAAUCAUGACGAGAGCAGACUACAUUCAACAAUAUGACAAUUUGAAUAUUUUCACCAUCGACUCCGAGUCACGGGUAAGGGCCGACUCGGUGCCCAUGAUGAGAGCAUUUCAUGAAAUUGCAUCACAGCCUCGAUUCGACGAGCUUCUCGAUGAAACCAUAGAACGUGUGGCUGCAAUCGAGUCCCUAGGUAGAACGCGCGAAAUUGUCGCCAAGGACCUCGCUCUUGGCGGCAAGUACAAGAUUCGACCCAAGCACGACAAAUGGGUUGUUACAAUGGAGGGUGAGCAAGAUACAGGAGAAAAAGACGAUGAUAUUUAUAUGGAAGAGAUUACGAGGCAUGAGGGAAAAAAAUGGUGGAAAAAACGUAUGCAAAGGUUUCAUGAAUCUUACCUUCCAGCGACCAAAGACAAUUUUGACAUUGACAUAAAUAGGCGGUAA